AUGGAACACACUCUUUCGACAGCAUCCGUUGAGGAACUGGAUGUGAUGCGUCCAUUCUUUCCGAUACUGGAGAACCCGAAUAUUCUUGAUACAGUCUUUGACAUGGCAUUCGAAGCCGAUGAUGAUGAAUCAACUGCUCUCUUCACUGUUUCCAUAACCGAGGACUUGGACAUACUUGGGCUAGACUCUGGCUUGUAUAACAACAACAUCACCGAAGAGCCAGCAACUGUUGCACCACUUGCAACACUCCUUUCGAUUGACUACUCUCCCGACAGGACCAGUACCGAAUCUGUCGAAAAUGAUUCAGUCUCAGUGAGACAACAGUCGACCCCUAAGAGUCCUCCCACACCAUCAACUCCUAUCAUUUCUAUGCCGACACUCGCACCGGCUCCUGCCACAUCCUCAGCUGCUGACGAUGGUGAUAUUGACCUGUGGGAUAAACACCACGAUUCCCAGGCUCUAAAUGCCCCUGUCCUGAUUCAGAUCGCGCGUCCGCGGCUUACCGACGAGUACACGGGGAACCUUGCAACUCCUGCGUUCGCAACUCCUGUGCUGAAUACGAUGCAUUCUGCGACCGAGUAUUCUUCGGAAGACCCGAUGUAUAGCCGGAUGCAUUAUCCUGGACAUGCACAUAUACAGCAUCCAGUGGGGUAUGGUCCGCCUUUCAUGUUCUAUCCGCCUAUGGGGUAUUGGAUGCAUCCAAUCCACCCAACAUAUCCAAUGCCUCAUCCAGCUCCACCGCCUCCCGCUUCCAUUCCCGCUACAUCCAAGAAGCGAGCAUUCGAAUUCAUUGAGCCUGAAAUGCCUAGCAAUUUCAUCGCGAACCCUAACAAUCACGGCCGCUGGGAAUUCGACAGCAGUGGCAAACGACGCUACUUGAAUGCACCAAAGUUGACGAAAUUAUGUGCAAGUUGA